CUUUUUCAAGAUAUGUCUGAUAAUAAUAUAGUUAGUUCAAGCACAGUCACUUGUAUUAUUUGUAAAAAUGAAUAUAGCAGUAAAAUAUCAACAAGUAUAUUACGCAAGCAUCUUGAUACACAACAUCAAGGCUGGAGUACGAUUAAAAUUUUUGCACUUAUGCAAAAUAAUUCAGUUUCAAUACAAAAUUUGAUAGCUAAUCAAAAAGCACAAUUCAAUCUUUUAUUAGCCGAAUGGAUUGUUACUGAUACAUUACCUUUUUCAAUUGUUAAAACCAAAGUAUUAAUUGCUUUGCUACAAUAUCUUAAUGCUA